AUGGGGCGCAGUGUUGGCGCCUUGUUUAUGGUGGCCGGAGGGAUGAGCCCGCGCUGUCUGAUUGCUUACAGUGUGCAGGCGAGUCUGUUGCGGCGUAAUAUCGACCAAGGGGAAUCCUUGCGCAUUUGUCAAGGACGUAUAGCGAUGGGGGGAGCGGCGUCGCCAGCCCACUACAACGGAAAGGCCGGCCACUAUUCCGAGAGAUGGCGUCGCGGGCGCGCGCGGAAAUGGCGCCGGUCGGUCGUUUUGUAUCUAUGCCGCGAGGCCUCCGGCUUUUGCUUCUUCGUUGUGUUGAGGCGGCUGGAAAAGGGGCGCCGGAGUCCGGGGCUUUGCCGAGGCUAG